UAAGAUUAAGCUUUUCUCAGUACUUUGUUUACCUCUGCUAGAAAGAUGUUUUUCGAAUUAAUUUUAUUUUGUUUUUAUUCUCGUACAUUUGAUUGGAACACAUUUAAAGGAGCAGUAUACGAACAUCAUGUUAUAAUGCCAGAGAGCACAAAAACAUGGGUGAAUCGAUCUUUUGCAUUAGAAAAUAUGAUGAAAAACAUUAACGUUUACCAGAAACAAGCAAUGAAAGCAGGAAAAGAGGGAGUGGAUAUUUUAGUUUUCCCAGAAGACGGAAUUUAUGGAUAUAUCUUCAAUAGAAAAGGCGUGGAAUCUUAUCUAGAAUACAUUCCGAAUCCAGAGCUAGAAAAGUGGAAUGCUUGUGAUGAACCAGAUAGAUAUAACGAUUCUGAAAUACAGUACUCUCUUAGCUGUAUGGCAAAACACAAUGACUUGUAUAUUGUGGCAGAUAUGGGAGAUUACCAACCAUGCAGUCGUGGAAAUGAUCCAAAAUGUCCGCCCGAUGGUCAUUACCAAUUCAAUACAGCAGUAGUAUAUGAUAAAGAUGGUUAUCUUAUAGCUAAAUAUCAUAAAAUCAAUUUAUUUUAUGAAUUUCAGUUUGAUUUUCCACCUGAAAAAAAGUCUGUGUCUUUUGAAACCCCUUUUGGAAAAUUUGGGGUAAUGAUUUGCUUUGAUAUAAUUUUCCGGAAUCCAGCCGUAGAUUUGCUAGAAAACCAUGACGUUGACAGUAUAGUUUUUCCAACGGCAUGGAUGGAUGCACUACCUCUGUUAGCUGCGAUUCAGUUUCAUUCUGCGUUUGCUGCCGGUGCAAAUGUAAAUUUUCUUGCCGCAAAUAUUAAAAAAUCGGAAAGCAAAUUUCAUGGAAGUGGUAUUUACUCACCAAAAGGAUACCUCGAUUUUCAUUACAGUGAAGACAAUGUAGGAAGACUUCUCAUAGCAGAAAUUCCUAUUCAUGAUAGGAAACGAAACUCUUAUCCCGAACCUAACAUGCUGAUAGAAGAUAACAAUUCAAAGACUUCCAACGAUAGUUUUCAGUCCCUUGUUUUUCAUGAUCUUUACAAUUUUGUACCAUUAUUUGAUAUUCAAGGUAAAAGAACAAUAUGCCAUAACAACCUUUGCUGUUCACUCACCUACGAAAAGCAGACGGAUACUGAUGAGCUUUUUGCCUUUGGUGCCUUUGAUGGACUUCAUACAUUUGAAGGUACUUAUUACAUUCAAGUUUGCAUAUUAUUGAAGUGCAAAAACAGUAAUCUUACAAGUUGUGGAGAACCAGAGGAAAACAGCAUAACAUUUUUCAAACAAUUCCAAAUCGAUGGUACAUUUGAUACUUCAUACAUAUAUCCAGAAAUUUUGUUGUCUAACACUAGCAAUUUACUGCUUUUAGCGGCUCCGAACACUUGGAUAUACAAAAAAGGAAUGCUUCAGAGUAAAACUCAGUUAGAAUAUCCAGUCGUGUCAGCUGCCAUGUUGGCCAGGGUAUACGAAAAGGAUCAUAUAUUGAUAUCCGACAAAAAUCCAGACAAUAGAAUUCAGACUGAUUUUACGACAGAUCAGGAAAAUCCAAUGUUACCCGAAAGAAUCGUCAUAACUUUUUAUAAAUUUUUUUCGGCAGUAUCCAACUACAUUUAUAGAUUUCUUCUGUAAAAGUAAUAUAUUGCAUUAAAGUUUUUUUUUUUUUUUCAUUUUUAUUUUACAUUAUCUUUUAAUAAAUCAUAAGUGUCAACUUUUCAAAACUCCAGAGUGAAAGAUCGUCAAUGAAAAAAACCCAGUUGUGUAAGUAGAUUAAUCGUACUAUCAUUUUCGCACUUUAUAACUGUAAACAUAAUAAUGCCAGUUGUAUAUUUUUUUAUUCCAGGAGCUGUUUCUGUAUACGCACGUUGCUUCACAUGAAAAAUGUUAAGCAUUUCACUAUUGAGUGUUUAAAGUUGAAUUGAUUGUAUGAAAAAGCACAAUCUAGUUGCGGGAUUUAAUAUUUAUAUGUUGAAUAUUUGUUUUCGGUUCUAUUAUUAUAUGAAAGGAUAAAACAAUCAUUUUUAACACUAGAAUAUAUGUUGUUCACGCGAUUUUUCCUUGGAGGCUGUAGUAUAUUAUGAAAAAAACUUUCUUUGCGGUAUGGGUUUGCUCAUUGUGGAAUGCCGUACGACGAACUAUAGUUGCGAGUUCUACUACAUUCGGUUAUUGGAAAGUUGUUCCAUUAUCCAUCAUAGUACAACUUCUUUUUUGAUAUUUACAGGAAUUUUCAAUUGUCUUGUAAUAUAUAUUAAACAGUAAAUGACUACA